ACCACUCUCUUCGCUCUCACUACAUCUCAUCGAACGGUUUAACCUACAUUGUCCAACCUUUACCAUCAAAACACAAGUGGCAAGGACAUUUUACAGAAUGUCGGCGAGCGCAAUCUUAAUCGUCCUCAUCACUCUCUUUUUCCCACCCGUCGGUGUCCUAAUAGUUGCUGGAUGCGGGACUGAUUUUUGUAUUAACUUAUGUCUCACCAUCCUCGGCUUCCUCCCGGGCCAUGUUCAUGCGUUUUACAUUGAAUACGUCUAUUACAAGCGUCGCGAGGAUGCUGCGAGAGGUAUAUACGACAGUAGGCCGGCACCCGGCGUCUAUAGCGAAAAGGUUCAAGCAGCCGGUGUGCAACAGGGCGCUACCGACGUCGCUGUUUGAACACAAGGAAGCAUAUUAGCGGAUUGCAAGCACCGUAGAUAUCUAUUGCAAAACUGUACACAGCCCUACUGGGCAAAUGAAAACUCUAGACUUAAGUGCCG